UUUAUAAAACUUUUGAGAUUAAAACAAGUUAUUUUUAGUGAAUUUAAAACAAAAAAAAAAAAUUGUGUAAUUUUUUUAUUAAAAAUUAAUCACGCGCAAUUAAUUUUACAAAACGGCGUAAAAGUGUGUAAUUUUGUAAUUGGGAGGGAAAUUAUUUUUUUUUGGGAAGUGUUUUAAUUUUAAUUGUUGUGCUCUUUUUAAAAAAAAAUUUUUUUUUGGUGUGUAAAUUGUUGUUUAAGUGUGGUAAUGUAUCAUACUUGUUUUAAUAAAAGACGAAAAAUUCAUGAAGGUUUUAAAACAACUCAAUGUACUUUUUCAACAAGAUCGCUCAAUUUUAUUUACAAGUUGAUGAUUGGCGACGAAAAAGACAUUUUAAACAAAUUAAAUAAUUAAAAGAAAAAAAAUUAAUUAUUGAAUCUACACACAAAACACCACACCAGAAAAGAAACUCUCGUAAGUGAGUUAGAGAGUUACACCUGAAUGAACAUGCGUGGUUAUUCAAUGUGUUUAUUACCUACUGCAUCACUAACGACAUUCACGUUAGCAAUACUACUAAUAUUAUUAACAUUCAUCAUCAACCAAAAUGUACGAUCGGAUGAUGACCAAACCAAUGACCACGAAAAAACAACACCAACGACAUCUGAUACAAAAACGAUAAUGGACACAACGGAUUUAUUAAAUAUAUUCGAUAUCGAGAAACCACAAUUUAAAAAACCACAUCGUGAAGAUGAUGUCUAUGUACCAAAACCAUUAAUCAAUUUAUAUGAACAAUUGACCAAUCAAGUGGAUGAUUUUGUAUCAAUUCCAAAAUAUGGUAUACAUUUAACAACAGCAAACACCGUACGAAGUUACACACAUUUAGAAAGUGAUGUAGACCGAAUAUUUCCACCUGGAGAAAAUCGAUUUCGUUUAUAUUUUGAUGUAACGAAAAAAAAUAAGGAAACUUUAAAAGCAGCGGAAUUAUUAUUAAAUCGUGAACCCAUACCAGUGAAUCGAUCUAGUUAUCAAAAUGUUUAUGUGUACGAUAUCAUUAAACCUGGUAAACGUGGUAAAAAUGAACCGAUUUUACGAUUAAUCGAUAUGAAAGUUGUGAAUAUUCGUUAUGAAGAUUCAAUAAGUUUGGAUGUUUUACCCGCUGUGGAACGAUGGUUAAUUAAUCCUAAAUCAAAUUAUGGAUUACUUGUGGAGGUUACAAAAAAUUCUCAUACGCAACGUAUGGCCCAUGUUCGUUUGCGUCGGUCCAUAAAUGAGCAUAAAAGUCAUUGGUUACAGUUACAACCGUAUUUGUAUAUUUACACAGAUGAUGGCAAAGAAAAAGGAAAUAUGUCAUCCUCAAAGGACCCUCAUCAAGGAUCGUCACGUGUAAAACGUUCUAAACGUGCUAGUCAACAUCGACGUGACGGUGUUUGUAGGAGACAUUCGUUGUAUGUGAAUUUUGAACAAGUCGGUUGGGAGGAAUGGAUUAUUGCUCCCCGUGGCUAUGAAGCGUAUUAUUGUCAUGGUGAAUGUCCGUUUCCGUUAGGUGAUCACAUGAAUGCUACAAAUCAUGCUAUAGUCCAAACAUUAAUUCAUGAUUUGAAUUAUAAUGCUGUGCCAAAAGUGUGUUGUGUGCCUACGAAAUUUUCCCAACUUUAUAUGUUAUAUAAAGAUAAUGAUAAUUCGGUUGUGUUAAAAAAAUAUCGGAAUAUGGUUGUUGAGGGGUGUGGAUGUCGUUAAUUUUAUUUUCCUCCUGUAUAAAAAAUAGUGAUUGUGAGUAAAUUGUCACUUUUGGAAAGUGUAUCAAAUACUUUCCAACUAAGUUUCUUAGAUAAGAUAAAAUCUCGAAGAAAAGCGAAUUUGUUAUGUUAUAGCAGCGUAAUUUAGAAUAUUUCUCUAUCUGAAAAGAACUUAAAAAAUGCAUAACACUCUUGGGCCAAUAAAACUGAAUCAAUAUGUUGGGUAAAGUUUUUUCUCUCGAUCAGGAGUCGACAAAAAUGAUUAUUUAAAGAUGUACGAGCUCCAAGGCAAUUUUGGAUAAAAGGAUUGAUUUUUUUUUAUAUGAAGUUGGAAGUCUAAAUUAAUUCUGAAAAUUGAAGGGGGGGGGGUGGUUGAAUAGUAGCAACUCAUGUUGCUAGUAAUGUUGGGUAAUAGUAGCAACUAAUGUGAAAAGCUCGUAGUUUUUGAAUUGAACUGCAAAAACUGAAAAACAUUUUUUCAUCGAGUACACAGUUUUUCAUGGAGUACGGAGGUAGCACAGCUUUUUUUUGCUUGCAAAACGUAGUUUUACACUCCCCUGAAGAUUUCAAAUAACAUACCAGAAAAGCAGCUUACAUCGCGUUUUGCGAUUUUAGUUUUUUUUUUUUUUGUACUAUUUUACUGGCAUAUGUUUGAUCCAUGAAAGGGCAAGAGAAGCUAAGGCUAAAGCCAUUUUCAGCUACAUGGCAGGCAGGGAGAAAAUGUAUCCCCCAUUUGAGUACUCAGUUUGAUUCAGUUUUAUUGUCCUUUACUGUACAUUACGAAUAUUUUUAUUCAACGAUUUAUUGUGAAAGAAAAAACAAUAAUUUUAGCAAAUGUCGAUAAAGAAAAGUAUUGUUUUAAAGUAAACAUACAUUGUAUAUUUUAUUUAUAUAAUAAAAACGUGAAAAUGUAACUAACACCAGUGAUUUGUUUUAAA